AUGGUAUUCAACGGGCAUUUUGCGUCGGCUGGAGACGUCCACGAUGGCGCCAACUACGAGCAUGGAGUGCAGGUGGUAGACGAAGAUAAGGAGUUCAAUCCUAACGUCUCUAAAUACCUUGCAUACGAGAGUGUUACUCCUGCUGGUUUCAAUUAUCAUCUCAUUUCUGUCUUUGGAUCGCAAUCUACCGGGAAAUCUACCUUGCUCAAUCACCUCUUCAAGACACACUUUAGUGUGAUGUCCGAAACGGAAAGACGGCAAACAACAAAAGGAAUAUGGAUGUCAAAGAAUAAGCGCCAAGCCGAUGAUCAGGACGAUAGCAGGUGUAAAAUGGCCGAUAAUAUACUGGUUAUGGAUGUUGAAGGUACUGAUGGACGAGAGCGCGGGGAAGAUCAGGAUUUUGAGCGGAAGAGCGCCCUGUUUGCGCUUGCUACCAGCGAAGUCCUGAUUGUUAAUAUUUGGGAACAUCAAGUUGGGUUGUAUCAGGGGGCUAAUAUGGGACUUUUAAAAACCGUAUUUGAGGUCAACAUGCAACUCUUUUUGAAGGACAGAAAGUCCACUCCACGAUCCUUACUCUUUUUCGUUAUUCGCGAUUUCCUUGGAACUACUCCGCUUCAAAAUUUGCAGAAUACGUUGAUGCAAGAUCUUCAGCGCAUCUGGACCUCUCUAUCAAAACCUCCAGGCCUCGAACAUUCUACGAUUGACGACUAUUUUGACUUUGAAUUUGCAGCCCUUCCCCAUAAAAAUUUUCAGCCCGAAAAAUUUGUUACAGAAGUGCAUAAGCUCAGCAAACGUUUUCGCGAAGGACACCGCGAGCCCCUCAAGUCAAACAAGGCGGAAGGUGGGAUUUUUCUACCGGAAUAUCAUCGACGCAUUCCAGCGGACGGCUUUGCGGUUUACGCCGAAGGCAUCUGGGACCAAAUUGUGAACAAUAAAGAUCUCGACUUGCCGACACAGCAAGAACUGCUAGCCCAGUUUCGCUGUGACGAGAUAUCAAGAGAGGUACUUGUGGUCUUUGACGCGGCAAUUAUCCCGUUUGAAACUAAACAGGCAGAAGCCAUUCAGACUGGGAACCCUCAGAUCCUUGAUGAUCUUGGGUCAGCGAUGACGAGCGCAAGGGUUGCCAUACUUCAGAAUUUUGAAACAGAGGCUAGUCGGUACCAUAAACGUGUUUAUCAAAUGAAAAAAAUGGAACUUGAGGAGAAAGUUGACACUCGCCUCAAGGUUCUCUUUUCUGGGCAACUCACCGCCGCGCACAAGUCUGGUGUUAGCCAAUUCAAAGAUGCGGUUACCGCCACAGUGAAAGCAGGGCAGAAAAAGGGCGCAAGCUAUGACUUUGCUGAAAUAGUAUCCAAGGAGAAGAAACUAGCUCUAGAAAAAUUCGAAAAUGACGCAAAACUGGCUGUUAUCGACGGUGUUUCGUGGGGAAGUUACACCCAAGAACUGUCAUUAUAUCGAAAGGAUUUAGAAAGUAUUAGCGCGCAACUCCGGAAAGAUGAAAUGAGACGUCUCGCAACGAGAGUUGAGCGAUGGGUGAGAAGCCGACUGGGUGAAUCUGUUGGCGUAGAGUUCAAUGCUCUUGGGUCAGGUAGAGGUGGCUCUGGUGCCCCUGAAACAGGUGACCGGCCGUCAGAGAACACCAUCUGGGAUAGGAUAUGGUCCAUUUUUGUCGAUACAGUGCUUGAGGCUGAGCGUAAAUUCACUGAACGCGCUAGCAGCUAUGAUGCCAGCCUGGAUGAAGUCGAUGUCGGACUUUGGAGACUUCGUCGGAAGUCAUGGGGAGUGCUGCGAUCUAAGAUCGACGAAGAGAUGAUGGAGGGCAAUUUGCUUCUCAAACUGCGAGAGAACUUCGAGGACAAGUUUCGAUAUGACUCGGCUGGAGUUCCUAGAAUAUGGAGACCUACCGAUGACAUUGAAGGCUUAUAUACUAAAGCUCGAGAAUCGACCCUUACUCUUAUUCCGCUUUUGUCUCGAUUUAGACUUCAAGAGACGAGCACAACCCCACAGUUGGAUAGAUGGGUUGGAUAUACCCCAGGUUCUGCUACUGCAGCUGACGAAGAGGACCUGGCCCCGAUUGGGGGAAUAGAUGAUGAUGGAAAGAGUCUGGAGGAAGAAAUGACCAUGCUCGGUGACGCCAAAAAACAAGAUCUUACAGCUCGAUUCAAGAAAGCAGCCGACGGCGUAUACGUCGAAGCAAAGAGAAGCGCUAUUGGAGGCAUGACACAAAUACCUCUAUAUUUCUAUAUUUUGCUGCUGGCGCUGGGCUGGAAUGAGAUUGUUUCCGUCUUGCGAAACCCUGUGUACUUCUUUAUGCUUUUCCUAGGUGCUGUAGCUGCAUAUCUCACGUACCAACUUAAUCUUUGGGGCCCUAUGAUUAAAAUGGCAGAGGCAGCUUCCCAUCAAGCAAUGGAGGAGGGCAAGAAAAGACUUCGGGAUUUUCUUGAGCCGUCAGAUGCGGGCCAAUACGCUAGGUACAAGAAUAGCACGGAGGAGUAUGAAAUGUCCAAUGUCAAAGUGUCCCAGACGACCGUCGAAGGGGAUAAGCAGGAUGAGGAUGACGGAUCAUCAUGGUAA